AUGGAACAUGUUGCUAAAUUGGCUUCUAAUGCUUCCAAGGUAACCGUAUUUGUAUAUAAUCAUAUUAUAUUUUUGGCAUGGUUAAGGAGAAGAUCAAGUUGGAAAGAGAUUGUACGUCCAGCAGUAACUAGAUUUGCCACCACCUUUAUCACAUUGCAAAACCUUCAUGAACACAAGAAUGACUUGCAAACUUUGAUAACGAAUAGAGUUUACACGGACCAUAAGCUUUCAAGAAGUGACAAGGGAAAAGUAGUAAGUUCACUCAUUUUAAAUAAUAAAUUUUGGGAUGAUUGUUUGAUUAUGGUCAAAAUUGCUGUUCCACUUAUUAGACUAUUACGUCUAGUAGAUUCUGAUGAAAAGCCUUCAUUGGGAUAUGUUUAUGAAGGCAUGCGUAGAGCACGCAAGGCAAUCAAGCACAUGUUUAAGAAAAAAAAAAGUAUGUAUGCACAUUAUAUAAAAAUUCUUGAUGAGAGAUGGGAUAAACACUUGCGGAAGAAACUUCAUGUAGCUGCCUAUUUUUUAAAUCCCGCUUUCAUAUAUGAACCAAAUUUUUGUAAUAAAGUGGAGGUUAUGAGUGGACUUCUUGAUAUACUUGAUUCAAAGGGCGUGUGCUCUGGCGGAAAGAAAGCAAUAAAAGAGAUAAAAUUGUAUCGAGACCGUUUGGGAAGUUUUAGUCGACAAAUUACUCUUACUACAUCAAAGACAUUACAGCCAUAUGAAUGGUGGAAGUUGUAUGGUCAUAGUGCUCCGAUCUUACAAAAAAUAGCCAUUCGACUUCUCAGUCAAACAUCAUCUUCAUCUGGAUGUGAAAGAAAUUGGAGUUUAUUUGAUCAUAAUGGAAGACAGGAUGAUAUAUAUGACCUUACUGUAGAGAAUGUCGAAUUCAGUCUUCUUGAGUCUUUUGGUACUAUUGGUGAAAGCAAUGGUUCUGUAGCUGAAAAUAAUGAAAGUGCUGGAAUAUUUUUUGGAGGCAUGGAUGAUGGUGGUACAAAUAAUGACUUUGAUUAUAAUUCUUCUUUUAAUUUGAGAGAUGAAGAUGAUGAUACACAGCAGCCUUGA